GUGAGACACGCGCAGUGAUUAUCAGACAUUUUUGUGACAUUGAAGACAAUAAUUGAUACAAACUAUUGAUUAUUAAUAUAUUAAUCAAUUGAAUACAUCUUACAAUUGAUCCGUGAUGCCGUGUCCACACUUCGGUAAUUUACCCAAAGAUUACAAUAAGUCAAUUCACGGACCUUUCUAUCCGUUCCGUUAUUACGGCAAACCGGACACACCAUUUGCUGAGGUAAAGCUCACGGAGUUGGGCUCAUGGCUUAACAGACGUAACAUUCAUCCGGUGGCCAUCUUUCGGGCCUUUAGUCGGGCUAUCUUUAGACACGGCAAACGAUUCAUUGAUCCCCGAUAUGCUUAUCCGGGUAUUGGUUUCAAUCAAAGGAUUUGGGCCGUCUGUCUCCUCUUCUAUAUCCUUAACUAUAAGACCAUUCGUCAUCACAAGAUGUACAAACAUCACUGGUAGACAUGGAUGUGGUCAACACGUUAGACAUAUUAAACAAAUUACAGGAUUUAGAUUUUAUUGAAAUUAAAAUCAA